UUUCACACAGUUGUCAAUUCGUCAGUGAAAUAUUAUUAAUUUUAUUUUUAUGAGUAACUUAAUUACUCGAAUUUUCUUGUUAAAACAUAAUUUAACAACGAGCUCUAUUUGUGAUAAAAUAGAAUAAACUUUCCUAUUUACAUAAUUGUGUAUAUAUUAAAAUCAAAAUAGUGCGAAUGAAUUCUAACCUAAAAGUGACAUUACCACUACAUCCAUAUAUAUAUUUGUGUUAUUGAUAAAAAUUAGUUCACAAUUGGACUUAAAAUGAAACAUUUACGUAUUUUAUCUUUAUGAUAUUAUGCAUAUUAAACGGAUAUCAAUAAUUAGGCUGACGUCUUGAAGAAAAAGUUGGAAAGUCAUAAUUCAUGUGACCAGAGCACAUAUCAACAACAAUUUAUCUUCCAUUUAGAGAUAUUUUCUCCCUCGGGUGGUUCACGAACUCUAUUCUUGGUUUUGAUUUUUGAUUACAAAGUUUGUUGAAUAUAUUAACUACCACUUUUCUCAGUUCUGCAAAGCAAGCAGUUUCUUGUCAAGUUGUGUCGAACUGAGCACAGCUGUCAUAUGAGAAUUUACGUUCUUAUGUAAAGAUUCUAAUUUCGCUAUAUAGUUCACUUUAUAAAUAUUUUAUUACAAAAAAUAGUGAAAAUUUUGCAAAUUUCAUUUAUUUUAAUAUUAUAGGAAGAAACUAAUAAUAUUAAAAAGAAUCUCGAAGAAUUAUAUAGAUUUGGAAAUGUGUUGAGCUAGAAAAUAAUUUUUUUUUUUUUUUUUUUUUUUGCAAAAAUGGUAAGCAAAUUGCCUCAAGAAUUUCGAAGAUAUCAACGAAAUCGAAAUCAACUUCGUCAUAUUCUCAAGGAAACACAACGAGUUCUGGAUGUAAUCAGCCUUGAAAAUAUUUUUCCAGGAGAAAACAUCAUCGAUGAAUUAUUACCAGCCUGGACACUUAAUAAAAUCAAUCAUAUUCUUGAAAAUGCUCCGGCUAUAGUAAUUUUUGGGCAAAAUUCAAAAGCAAAAGCAUCUCUAGUCAAUUGUAUUCUUGGUACUGAUAUUUUACCAAUAAUAUCUGGAUCAUGGCGAUGGAUAAAAUUAGCCUACGGUCAAACAAAUCACGUCAGUUUAACACUUGGUUUAGAAUAUGAGGUUGUGGAAAAUCUUGAAGCUAAUGAAAAAUCAUGGAAUACACUUCCCGUUGAGGAUUUAAAUGAAUCUGGUAGUCAAGAUCCAAAUUGUCCAACUGUUCUUGAAGUGAAAAUAAAUCAACCAAAUUUAAAAGAUGGAGUACAAAUAUUUAUUGUUCCCGAUACUGGUGGCGUUAAAGUACUCUCAAAAGGAAGUCUUAGUAUUUUACCAAUAUUUCUCUAUGCUCUCGGUGAAGAGCCACUUACUGAGGAUAAUAUGAAAGAAUUACGUGAAUUAAAAGAAACCUAUCCUUAUAAUUCGGUUUUAUUUAUUUCAUCAUUGUCACGAAUUACAACCGAUGGUUUUGAUGCUGAACUCACUGAAUCUGAACAACAUAGACUACACGUUGAAUCAAGUGAUUCGUUUAAUCAACAAAAAGAUGAAAAUAUUUCACAAAAUGAUAAAAUAAAUUCACUUGGUCUCAAUUGGCUUGAACAACUCACGAGUCUUGGUUUUUUGAGAUUACAAGAAUCGGAUGAAGUGGAUCGUGCCACAUGGCUUGUUGGAGGUGAAUAUGCAAAUACAAGUAGACUAAUGACAUCAUGUAAACGAAUAGAACAAAUUAGUUUCUUUAUACGCGCUAGUCUUCAAAGUUAUUUAGUAAAUACUUGCAAUUAUUUGAAUGAAGUUCACACGACGAGUCUUCGAAAAUUUAUUCUAAUUGCCUUCGAUAUGGCAAGGGAAAUUCAAAUAACUCCAAAGAGAAUUCUCUACGCUCAGAAAAAAGAAAAUGAAUUAUAUGCGUCACUCGUCAAGGUUGUGAGCGAUAAACAAGUUGAAUUAACAGAAAUGAUUCAUGGGAUUAUUCAAGAAAUGAAGGAUGAAAUUUCUGUGGCGUCAAUUGAAACAUUACAAUAUGAAAAUUCAUCAAUAAGCGAUUCAGAAAGAAAAGAAUGGUCGGCAACUGUUCGUGCAGCAACCACCGAAGUUCAAAGGAUAGUACUCAGUCGUUUAGGCGAUAGAGUUGCUAAAGAACUUGUAAAUUCGAUAAAUUGUCUUCGUGAAACAUUUUUUGGUACACUUGAAAGAUGUUUGUUGAGUCUUGAAAAAAGUUGUGAACAUGAAUCAAAUUUAUCGGCAAGCGAUGCACUUCAACAAAUUCUUUCAGCUGCUUAUAAUUUAGAAUUACAUAAUUCCUCACCAUCGCUUAUACAUUCAUUUCUUGAGAGAUUGGUACAACUUUUUAAAACAAUGCCUUUACUUUGGUCACCAACACCAAAUUUAGAUGCAAAUUGGAGGAAAAAAGUGACAAUUGAUAUUCUCAAUUCACUAUCGGCGAGUCGACUUGCAAGGGCAAUUUCAACACAAUUUAAAGAUAAAGUAAAAUCAUCACAUGAUACAUUUCAACAGGCAUUGAAAUCAUUGGAGAAUCAUUAUUCGGGAAAAUUGGAAAGAACUGAGGAACAACGUAUGGCUAUUAGAAAAUAUCAUGCGCCAAGAUUGGCAAAAUUGGCACUUGAAUCAACGUCAAUGUGCGAUAUGGUGAGAUAUGGAAUUCCUCAUCAGGGUAAAGAAAUUGGUAGAGGACAAUAUGGUGUUGUAUUUGCAUGUGAUGGUUGGGGUGGAGCACCAGGACCAUGUGCAGUGAAAUCAGUUGUACCACCUGAUGAAAAACAUUGGAAUGAUUUGGCAAUGGAAUUUUAUUAUACAAGAUCAAUUCCUGAUCACAAGAGAAUAGUGAAAUUAAGAGGAUCAGUUAUUGAUCAUUCAUAUGGUGGUGGUUGUGGUUUUGGAGCGGCUGUUCUAUUAAUUACCGAUCGUAUGACGAGGGAUCUCUAUUGUGGAAUACGUGCCGGAUUAUCGUGGCUUGAGAGAAUACAAAUUGCCAUUGAUGUAUUGGAGGGAAUUAGAUUUUUACAUUCACAAGGACUUGUUCAUAGGGAUAUUAAAUUGAAAAAUGUUUUAUUGGAUAUGGAUAAUCGUGCAAAACUCACUGAUUUGGGUUUUUGUAUUACCGAAGCAAUGAUGUCGGGAAGUGUCGUUGGAACACCUGUUCAUAUGGCACCGGAAUUAUUAUCAGGACAUUAUGACAGCAGUGUUGAUGUUUAUGCUUUUGGCAUUUUAUUUUGGUAUAUUUGUGCUGGAAAUGUUAGAAUACCCUAUGCUUUUGAACAAUUUCACAAUAAGGAACAACUCUGGAGUAGUGUGAGAAAAGGUAUUCGACCAGAACGUUUAUCACAUUUUGAUGAUGAAUGCUGGAAGCUGAUGGAACAAUGUUGGGCUGGUGAACCAUCGCGACGACCAUUGCUGGGAGCAAUUUUACCUGUUUUAAAGUCAAUUCAACAAAAAGCAGAAAGAGGCAAGUCCUUACAAGAGCUCAGCGAAUCGAAACUAGAGGAUUCAUUUUCUAUCGAGUCAAGAGACCCGGUUUUGGCUUUAUCCGAACCUAAUAACCAAAGAGGCACAAAAGUUAAUCCUCAUCCAUUAAAACGUAAAUCUCAUCGUCCUAUUAAACCUCCUAUUUUUCCCAUGACUAACAUUUUUCAAACUAGCGCUUGUUCUAAUCUUUUCAUUCAAAUGAGGGAAUUUUAACACCUCUUUAUUUCCUAUUUUUUUUUUUUUUGUAUCUAAUCACCUGGUGUAAGAAAUCUUUUCUCCUCAGUAUUAAUUUCGAGACUGUUUUUCCUGUCUUCAUACUAUUAUCACUCUAAAAAAUUUUUCCUGUAAUCAAAAAUAGAAAAUAGAAUCUCAAUUUAAUGAUUUUAAAUGCACCAUUGGUUAUUUUGCAAUUUUUAUUUAAUAACAGUCUGAUGCAAAGAAAUUGUUGAUUAAAAAAAAGAAACUACAAAAAAAGAAAUUAAAUUCUGUAAAAAUUUUAAAAAAAAUUUAUUAAUUAGUUUAGAUGGUUAUUAUAUAAACGUUUUAAUUUUUUAUUAAUAUUCGAUGAAUACUCGAACACGCGAAGAUGAAAUAUAAAUAUUGUAUAUUUAAAUCUUCCUGUUAAUAAAUUUUGAUAAAUAAAUAUUUUUUCUAUUUUA